GGAAAAUUUACUAGCUCACCGACGCCUAAGCAAUUAUGAGCGGCAGGAAUUUCCAUCGAAAUCAUCAGCCAUCUAGCAAUGCAUUCAACCCUGAGCGUCUCGGCUCUGAUCGGAAUAGGCGAAACUACAACGGAGGAGGAAGAACAAUAGCCAGAGAUCGAAACUUGCAGAACGACCGACAGAUUACGUUUUUAGACUCAUCACAAAUGGAGCACACUAAUGACCAAAGCGGAGAACAACGCUCUCGUUCACAUAAUUCACCACCUCCUCAGCGCGGACGACCAGACCGGACGCCUAAUCCACAAUCUUAUAGAAGUUCUAACGGUCAUCCGCGCUCAGAUCCACCAUCUCAAAGUGGAGUGGACAGUAGAAACUUCCACAGAAGCAAUUCUCACAGGUCACCAGAACGGUCAAUUGCUCAGCGCGAUAGAAAGCCCAUAAUUACCGAAAGAUCAAAUAAUGUGGCACAAAGGUUACCUCCCACUCCAUCUUCGCGGCAAAGUGACCGAAACGAUGUCCGCUACAACAGACAGGGACCAUAUUCUAGGUCUGAUAAUUCAAAUAGACGCUGGGAACGACCUUCUGCCAGAGAUGAAGCAGUAAGAAACACGUCGCCACCCCGGCGUAAUGAGAAUGCGCGACAAGACUCACGGACAUCAUCUUCGCAGAGCAGCAGGGGAAGCCACACUGAGGAUCGGUCGAACCGAGAUGGAAAUACUACUGCCGAAGGUUCCGAAUCAAGGCAUGCUCGGAAGGAUCCGCCGGUCCAAUCUUCUUGUGAUACACAGUCGAGGGAGAUCACAACAAAGGAAGAACACUCUUCUCUUUCUCAAAUAGAUACGCUUAGCUUCAUUACUAGCAAAGAUAUAGAUCAAGAUGACCUUGAUUUCGAAGGCUAUGAUGAUGUGGUAACGGAUGCCGAUCUACCCCAGCCGGAUGCUACUCAACCAGAGCAGAGAGAUAACAAUAGUUUGGACCUGAACGAUGCGUCGGAUAGUACUGGACGUUCACACAGGGAAGAAUCAACUACAAAAUCAACCGCCUCAACGCGAAAGGAACCGGAACAUAGUGGACCUCAGAGUCCCCAUAACAUUGAGGACAGAAAUCAACCAGUUGUGAGUCCUAACAACAGUGUAAGAGGAAAUCAAAAGGCAUCGUCCAAUGUAGACAGAGAACCGCCUCCACCAUGGAAAAAACACUAUUCUAGGCGAGACGGCCGAGUAUAUUAUCAUAACGAGGAGACUGAUAUAAGUGAUAGGAAGAGGAAAGCAGAAGAUGAACGCGACCGAUCUACGUCCAACCAUCGUGGCCCAUCAUCUCGGUCAGGGCAUCAAUCAAAUGGACCAUCAGGCAAGGGGAAAGCACGUGAGAGCGAUCCUCCGAUCACUAUGCCAGAUGAAAAGCGACCAAAGCACGAUUAUAAUGACAGCAAGAGCAGAAAUGAUCACCAUGAAUCACGCCAUCGAUUCCCCGAACCCCAAUCUCGACCUAACAUUCCAAUGCCUCUAGUAUCGCAAGAGGAACUUUUUAGUCAACAAGGGUUUGAUAGAAGAUCGAAUCGCCCAUCUUUUCCCGUGCGUGGUUCAAGACCCAUGGAGCCAACUGUUCGUCGAAGGCCAAGGGAUUCUCCUCCACCUGUUCCUUUACCAUUGGACCGUGUACCAAAUAGGCCACGAUCUCCACCCAGGAGAGGCCGGCCUUCUGAAGACAUUAGCCGUCCAGAUGAUCCUCGCCGUCGCCGAGAUAAUCAUCCGAUACCCGCUCGAUAUCCCCGCCGCCCAGUGGAUAAUCCAAACGAUGUACCGUUGCCACCUAGGGACCGUUCUACACGUCCAUCGCAACCAUCCAGCAGCAAUAAUACUUCUCAGGAUACUAGGCAAUAUAGAGAUAGUAAUCGGCCACUUAAUAGGCGUGAUGAUGUGAUCACCAACUCUAGGGCUGAACGUAAUGGUAAUCAUAAGGAUAAUGAACCAGUUCCCUAUCAUCAAAGUCGUCACCGACAAGGAUAGCCAAAGCAAUAAAUUGUACAGUAUGAUCCUUAUAACAUUCCCCAUUUACAC